AUGAAUGCAAUUACGACAUUCCUCUCACUGCCUAAACCUUCUAGAAGGGAAGUUGCCGAUGAAAACUCUAUUAAAAUGAAUACUGGCUUGGAGUUAUCCUGCUUCCCUCCCCACCUCCCUUACCAUCAGGUAGAACUAAUCGCACGUUUCCAUUAUUCUGCUAAGCAGGUCCACAGAAACUCGCUCAAUUAUAAGCGUAGAACUAUCAACAAAAGUAACUGGAGCCAAGCGUACGUCAAAGAACCAACAGUCGCGAGUCUGUGGACGGCGAGUAAGGGUAGCUCGCCGCCCAACCAGAACCAGACCCAAGCGUACGGCGCGAACCAAUACACCACCACAGACGGGACCCUAUAG